AUGGCGUACCAUGCAGUUGUAGUACCAGAAGCUGGCUACAAAUACGUUCUUCGAUUGACGCGCAAGGAAAAUUUGGCAAACCCACCGGAUGAUGAAGAGACAACUCCUUCGAAAGAUGAUGAUAGCCAAACUGCUGGAUCUCCUGGAUCAGGCGCUGCUGUGCUUGUCCGCAAGACGAGGUCACCCACCAAUGGAGAAGGCGAAGAAGAAUUGCCACCAGUGGACUCUCUCGAAGCUUGCGACAAAGCUGCAGAACGACUUCGAGAGCUCUCAAACCACUUAAAUCAUGGUGAAAUUCCAAUGGACGUUCUACAGCAGACUGUGACGUAUGCUGUAUCAGUUCUAGAAGCCAUUUACGUGGAUGAAACUAAAAGACUUCUGGACGAAGAUGAUGAACUGUCCGAAGUGCAGCCAGAUGCUGUUCCGCCUGAAGUCCGUGAGUGGUUGGCGUCCACUUUUACUCGCCAAAUGUCCACCACCAGAAGAAAGUCUGAAGACAAGCUCCGGUUCCGGUCUGUUGCACAUGCUAUUAGAGCUGGUAUCAUGGUGGACAGAAUCUACAGACGGUUAUCCAGCUCGAGCAACUUACAGAUGCCUGCCCAGAUCGCGCAGCUACUUAAAAACAGCGAGGAUUGGUCAUUCGAUGUAUUUGCACUGAAUUCCGUCGCAUCCGGCCAGUGCUUGAGGUACAUGAGUCAUUACCUCCUGAACAGAUUUGGACUCAUCCAGAAAUUCAAGAUGUCAACAGCGGCUUUGGAAAGUUUCCUCGUGCAAAUAGAGAACGGUUAUGAGCGGUACAGGAACCCUUACCACAACAACAUGCAUGCCGCAGAUGUCACGCAAACCGUCGCUUAUUUGCUUUGUCAAGCGGGACUUGCAAAUUGGCUGACGGAUAUAGAAAUAUUUGCUACGCUUUUUGCAGCUAUAAUUCAUGAUUAUGAGCACACAGGAACAACUAAUUCAUUCCAUGUUAUGUCCGGAUCAGAGACGGCUCUGCUGUACAAUGACAGAGCAGUCCUGGAGAAUUACCAUGUCAGUCAGUCUUUCCGUCUGCUGCGAGAUGAUGAAAACAGCAUACUGAACAAUCUCAGUAAAGAAGAGUACAGAGAAUUCCGAAGUUUGGUGAUUGAGAUGGUGCUGGCGACAGAUAUGUCCUCUCAUUUUCAACAGAUCAAAACUAUGAAGACUCUCCUGUGCCACUCAGAUUUUAGUGCAAUGGACAAGGCAAAAGUUUUGUCUCUGAUGCUCCACUGCUGCGACAUCAGUCAUCCAGCGAAGGACUGGAACUUGCACUUCAGAUGGACACAGAGGCUCAUGGAAGAAUUCUUUAGACAGGGUGAUAAAGAAAAGGAACUGGGUUUGCCAUUCUCUCCAUUGUGUGACCGAAAUUCUACUCUAGUCGCAGAAUCCCAAAUUGGUUUCAUUGACUUCAUCGUGUCCCCCAGUCUGGAAGUGUGCGGUGACAUGCUGGAUCGCAUUCUUCGUCACGUUGAAGGUCACAAGGAUGGAGUGAUUGCUGAAGACAGCACAGUCCCGACGCCGAGGAGCCUGCAGACCUCAUCUCCGGCCAACAGCCCUUCACACAGCCGAGCUUCUCCCCGCCUAUUCAACAGCCCUGGUCAGUCCCCCAGACACUUACCCAGCGGAGGAUGCGUGCCCAGACCAUGGCUUAAAUGCCUCGACAACAACAAGAAGAUGUGGCACGAACUUAGCGACAAAGAUGCUGAGCUCCGGGAGCAGAUAACAGAAGCCAGCAAGAAAAGGUUUCGCGAUUAUUCGAAUGGAUUGGACAAGUAGAGAAGAAAAGUGGGUGGGGAGGAAUCACUGUUGGUCACUUUGAAGGACAGGAAGGACAUUCGCAAAGUCUAUGUCACUGUCUUUAUGUGGGAGAAAAGUGUCAUCACAAACCGCUUUCUCUCUGCUAAAUAUCAUCCCACGGGGUUCCCACAAUCCACAACAAAACAAGGAAAGAAUGGCACUUUUAUUUUUAUUUGAGCUUAUUAUUCUAUUCAAUGAUUUUUUUUUUAAUUUUUUCUCUUUUAAAAAAUUAAAUAUUUAAGGGGAUUAUUGGUCAAUUGUUUUAAACCGCAUUAAUACUUUUAAGUAGU